AUGAUGAGGGAAAAAAAUAAUAAAAAGGAGAUGAAGCCGCAAAGAGCAAAAAAGGGAAUCUUUGAAGAUGGAUUACUUCAGUUUUCUUUUCUAUUAUCUGAACUUUAG